AUGGACAAUUUUGAUUACUUUCUUCCAAUGAAAGUUCCAAUUAAAAUUUUUAAAAUGUUUGGUUUCUGGUAUGAUAAAGAGGCUUCAAAGUUUUAUAAAGCUUACGGCGUUUUUAUGCAUUUGUUCUUCAUCGAACUGUUUCUUACUGGUCAGUUGGGAAGAUUCUUUCUUACCGAUAGUCUCGUGGAAAGGGCAGCCAUUACUUCAGUUUUGUUCACUUACGUUGGGCUUGUUGUUAAAACGACAAAUGUGAUGUUAAUAACGGAAGAAAUGGAAUCAAUCACUGAAGAUUUGAAAAGUUUUAUUUCAUUCUUGGAAGUUAGAGGAAGCAGCCUUAAAUUUCUAAGAAAUCGUGUCAAUCGAUUCUCUAAGCUUUUGUGGGUAUAUUGGACAAUGUGCCAUAUUGUCGUGUUUUCAGGGACUUUGAUUCCUAUGAUUUCAAUAUUAGAAGAAUCGUCAUUGUUUAUUUUCAUGUUCACUUACAUGGUUCCAAUGAUCUUGGAGAUAUUUCUGCCAUGUUAUUAUGGAAACGAAAUUUUGUUGGCUUCUCAGAAACUAUCGACAAGUCUUUUUCACAGUGAUUGGAUUCAGGAAGACAAAAAAUUUAAAACGGCAAUGAAAAUGAUCUUGGAAAACACAAAAAAUCCGAUAAAAAUUGCAGCAGCUCAAGGAGUGUUCCCUGUAAAUUUGGUAACAUUUUUGAGAAUUAUGAACUCAGCUUUCUCAGUCUAUGCUGUUUUGCAAAGCAUCAAGUAG